AUGCCUGGCUGCCUGCCUAACAAAAAGGCUAAAAACCUAUCCCCUCCAUCCCCCUCACCCCCACCCUCCCAUCCAGCAGCACUGCCACCGUCAACUGUUCAUCCACCUCCACCAGAGCUUCGUGCUGACUCCCAAGGAUGACUUGACCACCUGAGCUGCUGCGCGUCAGAGCAUAGCAUUUCUUGGUAUCGGCGGAUGGAUGGAUGACUGGAUCACUCACCAGGAGGUGGAUCAGAAGAGAGUACUAGCUAAUCACUGCCAAGAUCCCAACACGCGCAUGCAUCUGUAAGCUUCCACGCUGCAGAGAAUACUAGAUCGGGCGCUGCACAUUCCGCCGCGCGCGCGGGAUGGAUCACCACCGCCACCACCACCACCAUCACCACCAUCACAUGAUACCGGGCCAAGAACCACCGUCCGCGGCUGACGGCGGCGCAGCCCCGGACAGCUUCUUCCUCGGCCCCGCCGCGGCCGUCAUCUUCUCCGGAGGCGCUGGGGCGUCAGGUGCCGGCUCGUCGUCGUCCGGCGCUGCGGCCCUCGGAUCCUCGGUGGGGGGAGGCGGCCCGUCGCCGUCGCUGAGCCGGUACGAGUCCCAGAAGCGCCGGGACUGGAACACGUUCGGGCAGUACCUGCGCAACCACCGGCCGCCGCUGUCGCUGUCGCGGUGCAGCGGCGCGCACGUGCUCGAGUUCCUCAAGUACAUGGACCAGUUCGGCAAGACCAAGGUGCACACGCCGGUGUGCCCUUUCUACGGGCACCCCAACCCGCCGGCGCCGUGCCCGUGCCCGCUGCGCCAGGCGUGGGGCUCCCUCGACGCGCUCAUCGGUCGCCUCCGCGCCGCCUACGAGGAGAACGGCGGCACGCCCGAGAUGAACCCCUUCGGCGCGCGCGCCGUGCGGCUCUACCUGCGCGAGGUGCGCGAGACACAGGCGCGGGCCAGGGGGAUCAGUUACGAGAAGAAGAAGCGCAAGAAGCCGUCGUCGGCGUCGGCCGCGGCGGCGGGGCCGUCCUCCGAGGGGAGUCCUCCCCCGGGGCCGUCCGGCGGCGGAGGUCCCGACACGUCAGCAUCACCGCAGUUCAUCAUGCCGUGAGUUUUUUCUCUAGCUAGAUAUACUAGGUGAUCCAUCGCCAUCUACAUCCAUUGAUCCAUCUGAGCUAGCCAGCAGCGGGACUUGGAGUUCUUGUAAUGCCCUUGCUGGUAGAACAACAAGGCUUAGCCAUUGUUUUCUGCGUCUUCUUCUUCAGUGGCAAUAGCAUUUUGCAUUUUGCAAAAGAUCUCUCCCCCCUUUUAUUAUUUCCCCCCAUUUCAUCAGUUGAAUCACUGCGUGAGUACUGGUUUAAUCGCCGUUAUUUUAUUCAGCUUUCAAUCGAUUGCAUUGGUAGUGGUUUAUCCUUUUUCUUUGGUCUAUUUAAUUUGCUCCUCCGGAGGGAUGCAAACUUGCAAGAACAGUUUGAGAUUCCCACAUAGCCCGUUUAAUACUCCUAAUUAGUGGUCAAAUGGCCCCAAAAAAUUUUGCCCCAAAAAUUUUUGGGAACUAAACGGCCCCUAUAUAGCUGUUGCCGCAUGCAUGGCAUGGUGUGGAAGUUUAGUUUGCAGCAACAUUUUUUUUUCAUUUUGAUGAAAAGUUUGCAGCAACAAUUGUAAGGCUACUAUAGCUAUGUAGCUUGCAAGUAAGUAGUUUGGUUCUGACGAUGCACAAGCCAGCAGCUUAACCGGCUUGCAUUGCUAUUCAUCAUAUUGGCAGAACAGAAAUAUAAUGCUCCAUUAUCCAUUCAUGGACAGCUGGUGCGGUUCAUAUUUCCUUUCUUAGCAGAACAAAAGGGCAAUGCAAUGCAUGAGCCUGAGGAGAGGGGGAGUGCUACCUGAUUUGAAACAUAUCUAGCUAGUUGCUAAAGCCAGGAACAGCACAUAUAUGUUUGGUCUCCUUUAAUUUGUGUCUCUAGAUCUGGAACACAUGGCAAUCCAUAUGUGUGUCAAUUCCUGGACAACUAAUAUAAUUCAUGUCUUGUAACUUCAAUAAAUAUAUAUUUAUUCUUCA